AUGAUAAUGGAAAACUCGUCGGAAUCCGGUUGGCAGAGGUCCGGCAGCUCGCGCGGGUUGAACUCUUCAGGAGUUUCGAACAGAAACCCCAGGAUAAUUCCUACAGGAACUUUCAGAUUCUCCGGCGACACAGAUCAUGAUUCCGGAAUCAUACCAGGGAGAAGAAGAAGAGAAAAAACCACUGCUUCCGUCUUGCCUCAAUCUAACCGACUCGGAGCUGGAACUCAGUUCGGUUACUUCAGGGAAGACGACGGAGCUGUUAUCCGGCCAGUGGAAGCGAAGGACGUUAGCUUACGACAGUGGUUAGAUAACACAGAACGAGUCGUCGAUGCUCUCGAAUGCUUGCAUAUAUUUACACAGAUCGUUGAAAUCGUGAACCUCGCACAUUCACAAGGGUUUGUGGUUCAUAAUGUUCGACCUUCCUGCUUCGUCAUGUCGUCGUUUAACCGUGUCUCCUUCAUAGAAUCUGUAUCUUGUUCAGAUUCAGGUUCUGAUUCAUGCGAGGAUGAAUCAAACAACAACAAUCAAACAGCUGAUUUCAUGGGUGGAUUGUGCUCAUCUUCGGGUCCCGAUCGAGAAAACCAAACCUCCUGGUUGCAAUCCGGUUCAGAGAAUCUAAACACCAGUAACGUCGACCAAGCGGAAGAGAAGAAAGACCGUUUCCCGAUGAAGCAAAUCCUGCAAAUGGAAAGUAACUGGUACACAAGCCCGGAGGAGGCCGCCGGUGGUCAAAGCUCGGCCGCUUCUGAUGUUUAUCGACUUGGAGUUCUUCUCUUUGAGUUAUAUUGCACAAGUAACUCACCAAAAGAAAAGAACGCCACCAUGUCUAGCUUGAGACACCGUGUCUUUCCUCCUCAAUUAUUACUAAAAUGGCCUAAAGAAGCUUUAUUUUGCUUAUGGUUACUGCAUCCAGAGCCUGCUAGUCGGCCAAAAAUGGAUGAAGUGCUACAAAGUGAAUUUCUUAAUGAACCUAGAGACAAUAUACUCGAACGUGAAGCAGCAAUUGAGCUCAAAGAAAAGAUUGAAGAACAGGAAUUGUUACUGGAGUUUCUUUUAAUGCUGCAACAGAAAAAGCAGGAAUCUGCAGACAAUUUGAGAAGAACUGUUUCUUUUAUAUCUUCUGAUUUACAAGAAGUUACAAAAUUACAGAUGUCCAUUCGUGAUAAAGGAGACUUAACUUCAAACCAUGGAGAUUUCCCAUUUACUAAUGAUGAUUCUGCAAGCUCAGGAUCCAGAAAACGGAUUCGACCCGUGACCCAAAUUCCGGAAACAUCCGGUAGUUUCCAAGAUGAACAACCUUCUAGAAGCUCUCGGUUGAUGAGAAACUUCAAGAAACUAGAAUCAGCUUACUUUUCAACAAGACGCAGAGCUUUCAAAUCAGUGGGAAGAAAUGCAAAUGCACCAAUGAGUAGUGUUCUUACAGAGAGAAGUUCUGUGAAUAAUUUUGAAGUCAAAGCAGAUUUAAAACAAGGCGAUCUGUUAAACUCUUCAAACCUCGUAUGCUCUCUUGGAUUCGAUCGUGAUGGUGAAUUCUUCGCGACAGCUGGCGUCAACAAAAAAAUAAAAGUAUUCGAAUACGAUUCGAUUGUAAACGAAAAUCGCGACAUUCAUUACCCUGUUGUUGAAUUGUCGAGUAGAUCCAAAUUAAGCAGUAUUUGUUGGAAUGGCUACAUCAAAUCCCAAAUUGCUUCAAGUAAUUUUGAAGGUGUAGUACAGAUAUGGGAUGUGACAAGGAACCAAGUAUUUAUGGAGUUGAAAGAGCACGAGAAACGUGUGUGGUCGGUUGACUUUUCAACCGCGAAUCCGACAAUGAUAGCGAGCGGGAGUGAUGACGGAUCCGUGAAGCUCUGGAAUAUCAAUCAGGAGGCGAGUGUGGGGACCAUUAAAACGAAGGCGAAUGUUUGUUGUGUUCAGUUUCCAAGUGAUUCUGGGAGCAGUUUAGCAUUUGGUUCAGCUGAUCAUAGGAUUUAUUACUAUGAUUUGAGGAAUCCAAGUAUGCCACUUUUUACAUUAGUUGGACACAACAAAACUGUGAGCUAUGUGAAAUUUGUAGAUUCCACGACUCUUGUAUCAUCAUCCACUGAUAACACUCUGAAGCUUUGGGAUUUAUCAGAGUGCACUUCUCAAGUCCUUGAUUCCCCCAUUCAGUCCUUCACAGGACAUAUGAACCUAAAGAACUUUGUUGGAUUAUCGGUAUCUGAUGGUUACAUUGCGACUGGUUCAGAAACAAAUGAGGUAUUUGUGUACCAUAAGGCAUUUCCAAUGCCUGCAUUUUCGUACAAAUUCAACACCACAGAUCCAAUUUCAGGAGAUGAAGUGGACGACUCUGAACAAUUCAUUUCAUCUGUGUGUUGGAGAAGUCAAUCUUCCACUUUGGUUGCAGCAAAUUCCAUGGGGAAUAUCAAGCUUUUGGAGAUGCUUUAAAUUUAAGUUUAAGUUUCUUUCUUUCUACCUAAAAACAUAUAUAUAUAAUAUAUAAUAUAAAGCAAAUCAAAGGUGUAUAGGGACAGAAAUUUUGAUUUUGAGUAUGCAUGCAUGCACUUACUUUGUGUUGUAAUGUAGAUAAAGAAUUUAGUGGGACAAGACAAGAGGAAGGAAAAUGUAUAUUUUUGCAACUUUUGUUUUUACCUUUCAAACUAAGCAUGCACAUUGUUUGCUAAUUCUUGUUUCCAAAUAAAGAAACCACUCAAUAGUCUUGAAAA